UCAAAAUCAACAAGAAAGUAAAGAAACACCGAAAAAUCGAAACUUAUCGGAGAAAUCGAUGAAAUCGCGGAUGGAUUAUUUAGGUUAGACUCUCCCAAAAAUGGGAGAGUUUCUGCCGUUUUGUUCAAACUGGUUAAUCACGCAUAUAAUCUUUUUUUGCGCAAUAGUUCUGUUUAUAAUGUUUCUAUUUCUACUACUACUACUAUACAGUUGGCAUCUUAACCGUCACACAAUCUCCAUCAUGUCACCACCGGUCAUCGCGUCCCUAUCUCCCGCCGCCGCCGCCGCUCCGCCGCUACUAAAGUCUCUACACUCAGAACCACCACCUCAACUCUCCCGACCCGAAAUCACCUCGAUAUCGCGCCGCGCAGCCGCCGUUUUGCUCUCCUCAGUCAUCAUUCCCAUCCUCCGACCGCCUCUCGCCUCCGCAUUCUCAAUCGGCAUCUCAGGACCGAAGGAGUGGCUUAAGGAGCAGAAGAAGAAGUCGUUUAAAUUUCUGUUAGCUCCGGUUGAUGCCUCACGCAACAUCCUGCAGUCCGCCUACCUUUUGCUCAUGAAAAGUGAAGGAGAGUUAGGUGAAGGUGAAUUGGCCGAGGUUCAGAAUUUGUUAGUUUCUGCAGCUAGAGAUUGUGUUCCUCGUGAUAGAAGUUCUUUCGUUGAAUUACAAUCCAAUACUGGAGUAGAGGUCUGCACAUUCCGGUUGAUUGUGAAAAAUGCAGCGUCCUUGCUUGAUGACAACGACCCCCUCAAAUUAGAAGCUGAAUCCAAGCUCAAUGAUCUCAUAAGAUCAUUUUCUUCUCUUAGUGGCAUGGCUCGGGAAGAAAGUGUUCAACUUACUUUGAACAGGAAACAAAGAGUUGUAGAUGCACUUAAGGAUACCAUAUCUUCACUAAACAACUUUGAGCAGGGUAUCAAGGACUGUCUCCAAGUUUGAUCAUUCCACCUCUUGCUAAAUGUUCUUAACACGACUUCUUUUAAAUGUAAACUAGUACAUUGUAGAACAGGUGGUUUAAUUACAAUUAUUAACACCAACACUGUCUAUUGCAAUAGUUAUGUACUGUUUUAAAUAUCA